CUUCCUUUUCUUUGAGUCUCAUUUGCCUUUAUUGCCAUCCUAAGCCAGCGCAGCUUCUUCGAUUCUUUCAGUAUGUAUUUUUAAUUUUCUAUCAUUGAGGAGUGGCAUUCUUGUCAUAUUCUGAAACAUAUGGGGACAUUUUCGGACCACCAACAUUUGUGAAUCCUAUAAUUAUCAAGAGUGAUCGACCUGAAGGUGCAUGACAACAAAAGCAAGCGCUGCUUUAGAAAUCCUCUCCUUAUCCAUUUCGAAGAAGGAAAAUAAAAUCUUAAUGUCUUAUUCGGGCCUGGAAAAGAAGCUUCAACCGGCAAAGAAGGCCUGGAAACGCUUCGCCAAGACAAUCGAAACAAAAUUCCGUAACAACCUGAACUUCUCUAGUGCCAUCAAGGUCAUCAAGACCAGUUCUAAUCGCCUUUGUUGCUCUCUUCGUUCAUAUCGUCCUUUCAGGAAACAUUCCACAAUCAGAAGACCAUAUCGUGGCUACCAUUAUAAUAAUAGUAAUCUUUACCGACACCAUUAUAGCAGCAAGAACCAGGUUCGUAAGAACUUCUCACCCAUAUAUAUAGACAAUCUCUACUCUGUAGAAUCUCCAAGAUCAUCGUCUUCAUUGGAGGCCAAGCAUUCCCAUGCAGAAACUAGUAGCAGAGGUGAACAAGUGGUUGAUAAACAUGUUUUGCCCAGAAAAGUAGAAACGGAAAAAGAAAAGAAAAAGGAGAAGGUGUUGUAUAGCAUUGAAGAUGCUUGGAGAGAAGUUGUUGCUAAAUCACCGCAGCUGCGACCAGUGGAUGAGAGGGCUGAGGAAUUUAUAGCUAAUUUUCGUCGAGAAAUAAAGCUUCAGAGGGAGAAAUCCAUUGGUGAAUUUGAGGAGAUGUUGGCUAGGGGUGCCUAAAGGAUCAAUUUGCAUUUUCUUUCCUUUUCUUUUGUUAUCAUUUCUCAAUGUGGAAGUUUGGAUGAACAAGAAAAAGAAAAAAAAGGAUCUUAUUGAUUUUAAGGUUCUGUGUUCGCCAAAGAUGAACCGAUCAAGGCCAUUAUUUUGCUAUAAUGUUAUUUCAUUUUUUUUAAGGUGAUUAUGUAAAGUGAGAUUUCAUUAAUAUUUUCUUGAACUACAUUGCC